UAUUUGUACAUAUUUUAUAGCGCUACAGUAUAUUGUUUGACAAAAAUUGACUCCGCGGAACGGAUGAAUUAAAUCCAGGAUGAAGAGUGGCGGCAAAUUGAUUUUCGAUGCAUUUGUUAUCGUGAUAAUAUUGAAAAGUAUUGACGGAUUUAAUCUGGAUGUGUCCAGUCCGGUGAUAUUUGAAGAUCCCGGAACCGGGGGAAAAUGGAACCAGAGGCAGUCUUAUUUUGGAUAUUCCAUCGCCCUGCAUAACAAUUCCGGCAGCAACCCUGGUGCAUCUCCUAUCACUUGGGUACUGGUCGGUGCCCCGAGAGCCAACAGAUCGAACCCAGCGUAUCCAACCAUACAGCAAGGAUCAGAACCGGUUGUAGAACCCGGUGCAUUGUACAAAUGUACCUUGUGGGCAGAUGUUGAUUCCUGCACGGAAGUUAUCCUAGAUCGCACAGAGUUCCAGACGGUGGAUAUGCAUCCUCCGAACAAGAAAAACGAAUACGUCUAUGCACUCGGUCAGGCUGGGACUUCCGUGCACUUUCCGGACGAUCCGUCCCAGGUGGUCCUUGGCGCUCCAGGCAUGUUUUCUUGGCGAGGGUCGAUCGUUCGGAUUCAGGAUCGACUUGAGUCUGGAGGUGCUGCUGUCGCUGCGGCUGCUGCUGUGUCUUCUUCAACGUCAUCCUCUGCCAUGCACCGGAACUACACGGAAGUAACAACAUCUCAGGGGAAGCGAAACUCGACAGCUGCUUCCGGUAGCUUCGUCGAAACUCGCGCCCCCUGGCUCUUCUACACACCGAAUGUUCUAGGAGGCGACUUCUGGGGUUACUCUGUGAGUUCCGGGAUUUUCCUUCGGGACAGAAGACAGAUGUACGUAGCUGGGGGACCACGUGCUGGCUGGACAGGAAAGGUGUUCAUCUUCUCGUAUCCAGAACCAGGAUCGGACAAGGAUCCCCUGAUCGUCCGCUGGGCAUUCUCCGGAACGCAAGGUGGCGAGUAUUUCGGCGGAGCGAUUUGUGUCGUUGACGUGAACUCGGAUGGGCUUGACGACCUUCUUAUCGGGGCUCCACUCAACAGCGUGGCUCAAGACAACACUGUGUAUCCUGACCAGGGCAGGGUCUAUGUUUACAUCAAUCAUAACGAGAACUUCGCGGAUAUGGCAGACAAGCAGUUGACGAGCAGCACUGGGUUGGAAGCCAGGUUCGGACUCGCCAUUUCCGCCAUUGGUGACAUCGACAGAGACGGAUUUAACGAUGUUGCCAUCGGUGCACCUUACGAAAACGACGGGCAUGGAGCUGUUUACAUUUAUCUGGGAAGCAAGGCUGGAUUGACGACGGCUUCGCAGAUCAUUCAAGGAAUCUCCAUUUCAAAGCAAAUGUUCGGCUUUGGAAUAUCCAUUUCACGGGGAAUCGAUAUGGAUCGCAACAACUAUCCUGACAUCGGAGUGGGAGCAUUUUCCUCUGGCCACGCAGUCGUCUUGAGAUCGCGGCCAGUCGUCGUAAUUUCGGGCUCGUUGACUCCGUCUACCCACCGCAUCAGCAUCAAUGACACUGACAAAAGCAUCGGAAUCGAGGCCUGUGUCACGUUCUCCGGCAAAGACGCCCCAAAUGACAUUGAUGUUUCGAUGGGAAUUCAAACUGAUGUAAGGUACUCCAUUCCGAGAGUGAAAUUUGUCUCCGGGGAUUCUCAAAUAUCGUACAAAGUGACGCUCAACAAGGAUGCUCCUGCCUGUGAGAAAUUCAAGCUCGUUUUCGUGCCCUACGUGAAAGAUUUCUCGAAAGCCCUGGAAAUCCGGCUGAAGUUUGAGCAGAUCCCGCGGCCACGCAUACAACCUUUCGUCCAUCUGCUUAGAGCGGGACCGGCCCUCGGGGAAUUCUGCAAGUCUUGCGCUGUGGCCGACCCGCGGGUGCAGAAUCAGGCCAACCUGGAGCCGGCGUUCGUGCCGCUGGCCAAAAUCGAGUUCAAUAAAUAUUUGACGCUGGUGUCUCUGCCAAGAAAUUGCCGAGAGGACAAAUUCCACGCCGAGAAAACCGUGGUUGAGUGCGAGUUACCUGGUCCGAUGUAUAAAGGAGCUCGGGUCGACAUGACGAUUGGACUGGAUCUGACGAUGCUGCGCGGCGACAUGAAAGAGCUGCGAGUGAACAUGUCGGUGACGUCAAUCAGUGACGAGCAUCUCAGCACCCGCGGAGACAACAGUUACAGCCUGGUUGUGCCGCUCGAGGCCAGGGCGGACAUUGCAAUCCAAGGGCAAGUGCUCAUAAAUCCUUCUUCUGCCUGA